AUGGCACAGACACCUGGUCAACCAAGCAUCACAGCAACAUGCCUCUGCGGGGCCAUCUCGUACGCUCUUCCGACGGAUCAACGUCUUCCGGUGGAUAGCGUUGUGUGUCACUGCUCCGAUUGUCGAUACGUGACCGGAGCGUUGUACCUGUCGUCUCCUCAGCUACCUGCGGGCCCCCCUCAAGAUAUUUUGAAAGCUUCUGUUCAUUACGACAGCUCGAGCACGCGCCGCAGAUGGUUCUGCGGAAACUGCGGGUCGCACAUGUUUGUUCAGGAAAUUGGAGGCGAGGAAAGGAGAUGGUGGGUCUUGGGUGGCGUGCUGGAGCAGACAGGGCUUGAGUCUCGCGCACAGAACACUACUCGGGUCACCCACCACAACUUCGUCACCGACACAGGAGAUGGUGCUCUGGUGGCGAAAAUGAUCAGACUGGGUGGGCGUGAGGUCCAAUGUUGGGAGAAAGGUGCCUAUACCAGCAGACAGGUGAGCGAGGUUGAGUUGCGGGAAAUGUCCCUGGUCGGCGAGCGAAAGCCAGGGAUUCAAAGCGAAUCAUUGGAGGCCAAAUGCCACUGCGAAGGGGUCAACAUCCGAAUCACUCGCCCGAAUUUUGACUCGUUGAAGUUGCAGCAGAGAUAUCUCCCGGAGCAGGAGAAUAAGUAUGUUGCAGGUCUUUGCACCUGUCGUUCUUGCAGAUUGGCCACCGGGGUCUCUUUUCAACCGUGGGCGUACAUUCCCCCAGUCAAUAUAUUCCUCGCCGAUACAGGGAAGAUGGUGAGGUUUGGUGCAGAAGGCGAGCAGGAAGACUCAAAUGGGGUUACAACUUUGAGACAUAUCUGGUCCAGCGAGGAUACCUGCAGGAGCUUCUGUGGGAGAUGUGGUGCGACGGUAUUCUAUUGGCACAACAAUCGCCCAGAAGUUGUGGAUGUCUCAGUAGGUGUCUUGAGAAGUCAGGAUGGAGCAAUGGCGAGGAACUGGCUGUCAUGGAGAAAGGAGGGCCCCAGCUUCAAGGAAGACUGUGUCGAUGAAGAAUUGCUGAGGGCAAUAUUUCCCCCGUAG